GGGGCCGAGAUAGAGUGCGUGUCUCUUUACUUGAAAUAUUUAGUAUUUGUAAAGGUUUGCUUUACAGAAUUAUACAGUGGGAGCAACCCUUCCAUUGACCAGAAGUUGCUGCCUGUACUGACUAUGACAGUGUGGUUUUAUCUACUACAUGUACACCAGCUUAUAUCCAGGGACAUGCAUAUGCUGUACAAUUUGUUUGAAGUGAAUGGAUAGCAAUCUCUUUAAGAAAUCACUAUGUUCACAGAUAUAAAUCUCACAUGAAAGACAGCAGUGCUGAUGUGUGUUUCUAAUUUCUGUGGAACAGCUGUAUGCUUAUAACAUUCUGCAUAUAAAUCACAACAUUUAUUACUCAAUGUGCAUGUACCUGUAGGUAUUUCUGACCUUGCAAUUUUAUUAAGUGGUUAGCAUACAAAAAUCGUUUCUCAAUGAAUACAGAUUUAUUAGGUCUCAUAAGUCAUGAAGAGCUAUCGUUGCCUGUGGUAGCUGAUCAGGACGAGACUACAGGAAAAAGUCAGGGUCUACUUGAUGAAUCUUGCUGUACAGAUGAUGGAAAGAGAGAAGUGAAAGAAGUUGAGAAUGGUGUAGCACAGGCACAAGAAUCAAAGGACACUGCACCAGAAUUUCCAACUGAAUCUGAAACAGAUUGUGAUCUGAAAUCCAACAGUUUAACCAAAGACCCAGAACAACCAUUACCUUACGGUCACACCAAUGAAUCAGAGGUGAAAUUACAAUUUGUGUAUGAUACAAAAGAGGAAUUCUACGGAGAAAAGGUGUUACUCUUACCGUUCGAUGAAAACAAUACUUCCUCUACUGAUGAUAUUGAGCCAACGUACAUAGAUUCUGAAAAAUCAGCUGAGCAGAAAAAAACUCCGACUGUCAGUGCUGCACAUGAAGAAACUAUUCAAGCUGAUGAAAGUGGUGAUGAAGAAAGACUUUUGCUUCCUGAAUCAGAUCUGUCAUUAAAUGUGGAUGACACAGGUCAGGAUAGUAACAAGAAAGAUGCCAAAGAAGAAACUAAGCUAGAUCACCAUUCCAAAGAAGGAGUUGAUGAAAAUCUGUCAAAAGCCAGUCUGGGUGCACGUGAUCCUCUGUCUAUUGUGGUUGAAAAUCUGCCAAGCGAAGAUGAAAAUCUACCUGAGGAUUGUGUGAAUAAAUGUCUGUCAAAGGAUAGUUUGGAGGAAAAUCUGUCCAAAGAAAACCUGGAAGACACUCUUAUUGAUAUUACUCCUACUGGUAUCACACAGGCACCACCGUCAACGUUAACGGAUUCUAAAGAUGAAUUAGAUAGUAAAGAAAAAUCUGAAAGCAUGAUCUCUGAACAUUUACACAACUGUUCAAGUCAGGAAAGCAUGGAGAAGAAAAGUAGUGUUACACUGCUUGACCUGGCAAGGGGAGACAAUCAUGAGGAGGUAGAAUCAGACAAAGAGCAAACAAUUCUUAUUCCAUGUGUCAAAUUUAAGGAUGUCCUUACCAAGCAAACUGAGCUAGAAACAUUGGACAUUGCUAGCAUAGCCACAGAACAGGCAGAUAUUGGUACUGAGUCUGAAGCCACAGGUGUAGAAGGAAUUUUGCAUGAACAUUCUUCAGAUGACGAAACUGAGCCUAAAUCUGAAGAUGUGGAUGGUGAUUUGAUAGCACAAGAAUCAGGUAUAGUGAAGGACAGCAACCUCAUUGAUCAGGAGUCUGAUAUUGAGGAAGGUCAGCCAGAGGUCACUGUUCAUGAAGAAAAGAAAAUCGAGGACAACGAAGUGUCAGUCUACGAUCAUCCUUUUGUGUCGGAUGUGAAUGUUGAAAGUGUGAACUACCCUGUGUCGUGUCUAGCAAAGGAAAAGAAACGAAAGCGAAAAGACAACAAUCUUAAAGACAAUGAAGAUCACAUGAAAAGUUUGUUGGUCAGCCUUAACAUAAAGCACCUUAAAGCAUUCCUGAGGACCAGUCUGUGGUCACAUGACCAUCAGAUGCGUGGGUUACUAUGGCAACAAGCCUGUAAGUACCUACACAAAGCAGAUGGUAACUUCUACGAAGAGAUGGUGGAGGAGCUGUUCAACCAAAGAGGACAAACAGCAGAGGUUACUCUGCCAUCCUUUGUUGAUUUUGACAAUCUGCCAACAUACCACUUGAAUACUUCUGGUAUCCAGUCUGUACACAAAAUCCUGGCAGUGAUGCACCACACGAAUCCGGACAUCACCUAUUGCCCGAUAUUGUUUGGCCUUGUCAGCGUGUUCCUUCACUACAUGACACCAUCUGAUGCCUACAACUGUGCCUAUGGGCUGCUUCGAUCCAAAGAAACAUUUAUAAUGCAAACCAAAGUGUCAUUUGAAGCUUCGAAGUUGGUGGCUAGGGAUCUUGCCAAAAAAUAUGCCAAAUCAGCCUAUGUGAACAUUGUACGGAACACCAAUAACAUUGAUAGCGUAUUUGACUCGUGGUACUGGUGGAUCUUCAAAGACCUUCCUUUCCCUUACCUUGUGUGUAUUUUAGAUUGCUUUAUACUGGAGGGUAUCAAGGUCUUCUACAGAGCUGCUCUGGCUAUCAUCAUUUUGUACAUCAAACACACAGCCAGAAGAACCAGAAGUAGCAGCAAACAUGGUCAUGCAGACUCUGCCAGUUCCAUCAGACAGUUUUGUCGAGAAUUUCCAUUCCGUACUGACAAACUCUUGAGAACGGGGUUUGGUGUCCGAGGGUUAACCAGGAAACACAUUAAAAAGCUACAGCUGAAGAAUGAGAUGUACAUCAAUAGUCACCACCUGCAUCCAUCUGCUUCUUCCCAGUCCAUGAAUGGACAUCGUCGUGCUAACAGUGGACCAACUAACAUCCACAUAGAGGGUGGCAGUACAAUCGUCAGUCAGGAAAUGCCUGCGGAGAGAUCAUGGUCAGUGGGACAAUUACUAUUCCUCACAGUAGACAGUGCUAUUGUAACUCCAGCGGAAUUAUACACUGUUUGGUCGUGGCUGCCGCCCCGUUUUGCUGUGUGUCAACCCGAGCUACUGUAUACGUCGGAGGAGCAUGGGACGAGUCUGAUGACGCUGUACACGCGUGUGGAGGACCACCAGCCAACUCUUAUUGUCAUCAAAACAACAAAUGAUGAGGUGUUUGGAGCAUUUUGUUCCACAUACUGGCGAGACAGAAAGCGUAGAACCAAGAACCUGUCCUACUUUGGUACCGGCGAGACAUUCAUCUUCACACUCAGCCCAAAGAAACAGAAAUAUUCCUGGGUAGGGCUCAAGCAGGAAGACAUCCCAAACACUGCCAAUAUGUUUCUGGCUGGGGAUAACUCCAUGUUGACUGUCGGAGGCGGGAAUGGGGAAGCUAUACAAUUAGAUGCUAACCUGCACCAUUGUCGCACCGAAAAAUGUGAUACCUUCCUCAACGAACCAUUGUGUGCAGAACAAGACUUCACCUGCAAAGUGGUAGAAGUGUAUGGCUUUGUAUGAGAAACUAUACAAACUAUUGCUGUGAAACAGUUACAAGUUGUUGUCCUGUAAGAGAGGAAAGCAGAAUGUCACAUCAUUCUAUGAAGUGUGCGAGAUCAACAGCUUUGUGAUAACACUAGUGGAAGCCCAUGUUUUUCACCUAAAAAGAACUCACCAAGCAAAAAUGUUAAAACACUUUACAUGUACAGGUGUAUCUAAUGAACAAGUUUGAAUCAGAUACUAUAGAAUUCAAGUCAAUAUCAUUAAAUGACUGAUCAUGGAAAAGUCAGUUUUUAUACUGGCUUAAAGUAAUAACAUUGAUUUUAUAUCUCCGACUCUUGGCUGUGUAAAUUAUAUUUAUGAUGUCUUGCAUUUGUUACAUGGAGCAGCAAUAUUGUGUUUCGAUGAAGACAAUUACAUAUUAACUAAUGCUGUAACUGAGAGAAUUUUGCAUUUUAAUUAGUCUGAUUGUUAUGAUAAACAGAUCGACCCAUUAUUGCAAUAUUUAGAUUAUAAUUAGUUUACAUGUGGUAAUGCAGUUAGAAAUGAAAAUUUGCAUACUAAUAAAAAGUAUGAAACUUGAAGCUUUUAAUCCUUAAUAUAAGGCUGAAUUUGCAGGGUAUUGGAAAUGCAUAAAAGUAAAAAUAGGCUGUAAUCUUUCAAACAUUUCAUUUCUGGUUCAUUUUAUUGGAAAAUAUGUAAGAUAUUUUUUUGUACAUUUUUAUGAAAGAUAGGAAAGUCACACCUACAGUAGUAUUUGAUGGAAAUUUAUCUUAAGAUGUUUUUCCUCUUUGGAUAUUUUGAUAAUUCCAUAUCUCUCAUGGUGAUAUUUUCAUAUCUUUCAAACACUUAUAGAUAUUCCACAUGCUUCAUAUUAACUAAAAUUUAUUUAAAUUAACUUAUUGAAUAUUCUAUUAACAAUACGUCACAAAAAGUCAUGAUUUUAAGUGUUAGAUAUUUUAGAAAAUUAAUGCGUAUGUACAACUUACUUAUGCUGAUAUUAAAAAUGACAUAAAUAAAAAAGAAAUGGGUGUUGAUAUUGAAAAUGACAUCAUGAAAAUAGGCAGAAUGAUAAGAAAAGGGUGAAAGAUAUGUAGAGAGGUAAGGGAUGGUGUUAUGUGUCUGAGCAAUGUUAUCAUAAUAUAUAUCUAGUCAGUGUGUUAUUGUAAUAGAUAAGUUAAUUGGACAAAAAACUUCUCAAAACAAAGGUGUUCAGCCUGUUUGAAAUGGUCUGAGGUGAUCUUUUGAUAUACAUGUAUAUUGACUGAAAUUCAGGUAUAAUAAAUUGCUGUAUUUUCCUCAAAUGGAUACUUGGAUCAUUUCCUGGGUUAAAUAUCUGACGAGUAGUAUUUCUAGAGACAUUCUCAAAACUCUUAAUAAAACAGAUCUAGAAGUUUUGGUUUGUAGAAAAUGAAGUACCAGGUAUAUAAUUAUGAACCAGUGUUUAAUGAGCCUAAAACCUCUUUAAUCCGACAUUCUGUGGUACAUGGCAUUGGUUUGUACCAUACAGAUUAGAAAGGUAGUCACAAUAUGGAAGUUUCUUUUUGUCAUUGAAAUUAGAUUAUACCGGGUUUUUGAAUACUUAAGAGGGUGGAUUGUAAUGUAGAGGUUAUUUUCUAGGGUUUUUGUGAUAUUUUUUUUCUCUCACCAUUUUUGUGGCUCAGGUAAAAAUGCUAAAACUAGUUACCAAGAAAGUAGAAAUUUCAGGUAGCAUAAAAAAUAUAUCUCUUUAACUAAGAUUAAGAAAAAAAAAAAAAUUACUCGAGUGACAUUUGGACAUAGUUAUUCAAAACCUUAAUAGGUGUACAUUAAUAACAGCUUGUUUUAGAAAUAUUAAAUUAAAAGAAAUAAAAAAUUCAUUCGUGUACAUCAUUUUUUUUCCAGGAAUUAAUUUACUACAUUUGUAUAUAAAAGUAAGAAAAAUCACAGAAACCAUUUUUCUUUACAAAAAUCUUCCAGACUUUGUAUAUCUGGUACUGGUGAAUGUAUACUUAUGUACAGGUACAUGGCGUGAUCUCCCAAACCACAGUCAUACACAUAUGGGCUAUGGGAUGGGAAUUUCUCCUGAAUUCCUGGAUACUGUUGUAUAAAAUUCUUGAUCACAUCACCGACAUAUUAAACAGUGUAUAAUACUCUGAUGUCAUACGUUUGAACAUUAUCUUAUUGACAGCAAUAAACAGAUGUUACAGAGUUACUCUAUGGCAAUUGAUUGGUCAUUGUCAGCAAUUAUUAGGUAAUGUAGAAAAAUUAGAGGAAUAAUUCUUAUAUCUUAAAUUUUAUAUUUAAAAGAAAAUGGAUUUUUUUUUAGAUAAGCUGAUUUCAGAUUUGGGUGACCCAGUGUCUCAUGCCCCCUUAAAGAAGAUCAUUGUGAAUGUUUUGUCCUAAAUGUUAUGACAUCAUUCUUAUAAUAAGAAUUUGAAUGAAUUAAGUUGUAACUUGAAUUUGUGUGCAACUUAUAUCAGAUUAUUAAAAUCAUGCAAUUCCAAAGUGUUCUAUUUAAUUUGGCAAUCUCUCUUUAAAAUUAGUUAAUUAAUUUAUCAUUCUGAUAUCAAGCAGAUUCUCAUUUAGGAAUGUCCAAUUAACAAUAUUGAAGAAGUUAAUUGAUAUUAUUAUAAAUAUUGAUAAUUGAUCUUGUCAAUGAUAUUAUUAAUACAUAGUGCUUGUGAAUUUGAGCUUUUAAUAUGUUGUAAUGUCGCAGCUAUCAGAAAGUAGUGUUCAAACACAAUGAGUAGUUUUAUAUGGAAUGCUUAAUGUAAUAUUUGGACACUAACACAAUAUUUUUGAAAGAUCAUGAUUUGUGUUUUAAAAUCAUAACUGCCAUGUGAUUGGAAAGAACAGUAAAACCUGACUUUACCAACACUGUAUAGGACUGAGUCAUUGUGUCGGAUACGACAGUGUGUCCAUAUAGUCAGUUUAAGCAAUACUGGUACAUGUUGCUGUUCCGGCGGAUAUACUAGUGGUACAUGUUGCUGUUCUGGCGGAUAUACUAGUGGUACAUGUUGCUGUUCUGGUGGAUAUACUAGUGGUACAUGUUGCUGUUCCGGUGGAUAUAGUCGGAUAUUACAGGAUGUCGUUAAAGGCAGGUUUCACUGUAUAUAUACGUCUGAUGUGGUGACGUCAUGCUGACCAUGUUGUACAGCUACUGGACAUAAAUGAUUAACUGACAUAUUUUGUCAUUUUCAUAAAUAUCCUAAAACAUGUGUAAUGACUCUGAUGUCAUAAAAGUACAUUUAUAAAUGACGUCACAUGAUUGGUUUGGUGGUGGAAAAAUUAUCAUAUUUGUCAAAAUUAGCUUGUCUUAAAGAGAGGUAAAUUGAAUUUUUUGACUAUAUGCUUGCUUUCUCAUAGAUAUGAGUUAAAUGUGAUAACAGAAUCUUCUAUGUGUCGAUGAAAUAUGGAAUUUAAACUUGUUCAACAUUUUGAUAUUUUACAGCAAGUGACAAAUCAAAUUACUGAACUUGUUACAUAAAUUCUAUAUCACAUUGCCACGCCUAAGAUCCUGUGUUCAAGUCUGUUGGGACCUUGUGAAUUUUGUACUGUUAUUGUCAGCGAAAUAAUCAUAAGAUGAUAACACAAUUGUGAUGUGUGUGUUGAUUACGAUAAUAGUAUUAUAUAUGAACAGUGAUAUAUGGACAUGUACGUUUUCAUCUGUGUAUUCUUAACAGUGAAAAAAUGUUGUAAACAUUUAGUUUUCACAUUUUCUUUUUGGCGACUACAAUUACCAUUGAGAGGAAACAUUCCUCAUAUAGCAUAAUUACUUUGAAAUCGUUAAUCAGAGUUCAACAUUGUAUUUUACAGAUUAUUGUUUUGUAAUUGUAUACAUGCAGAAAGGCAAAGAGAUCUGAAGAAAAAUGCAGGCAGAAGGUUCAUGUGAUGAUUGAUUUAAUGUUCAAUAAUAAUACUUCAAUUGGUAACAAAUGAUGUAAUGAGAUUUCCUAUCCAAACUAAUUGAUAUAAUUAAAUGAUUUUCUUUCUAUAAGGUAUACAUAUAUGUACCAAUAUUUCAAAAGUAAUUCGAUUUCACUUCAAUAAGUGUUAAGCUGACUUAUACAAUGUAUACAGUUUCUAUGAAUUUAAAGAAAACUAAACAUAGGGAAAUGAUAUCAAUAUUUAUGUAGAUGCCUUUAAUUAGAAAUGUUCUGUAUGCUGUACAUAGAUUUUCAUAAUUUGGCAUUAUAUUAUUACAUAAUGUGAAUUUUAGUGAUAAUUAAGGACAGAUUAAGAAAUGAAUAUCUCAUCAUACCUUAAUAAAUUAACCAUGAAAAGUAUUUAGGCAAGAUAUGAAGAAAAAAAAAGGUUUGCAUGGAGACCUUUGGCCACUUAAAACAACGCUGAUUUAAACAUGGAUUAACUACCUAAUGAAAAGGCUUAUCAUUGAAAUACUUUCAAAGGAAAGUGGUCCUGUUAAUUCAAGUGAUUUGAAGUUCAUAUGUUACUGGCCCCAUAAAAAACCUGCCACGUGUUAGGUUAGUCGACUGUCUUAGAGUAGGUUAGCAUACAGCCUCUUUGCUAAGUAGAAAACUACCUUCAUGUAGAAUUAUUUUAAACUGUCUGAUUGUAGAUUGUAGAGAUCAUUGCCUCAUUUGUAGGUGCUGCCAUCAAAAUGGGCAGGCUUGUAGGGUAACCCCACAGGGGCUUGAAACAAAUAUCCAAAUCCGAUUGUACCUGGCUGUAACACAAACGAAUAGUGGAAUUUUGGAAUUUGUAUUAAGGAUCUGUGGACAGGGGCUUGACACGAUUUUCCAAUAGAUGAUACAUGUAUAUAUAUGUAAUAUAGUGUCAUAUAUAUAUGGACCAUCAAUUUGGAAAAAUCGUGCCAAGCCCCUGUGAAUCUGUGGUUUACUUUGCCCCACCCAUCUACCAUGUUUAAGAUAUACUUGCUGCCGCAUUUCAGUCAAUCAGUAAUCUUUAAAUGCUGAUUUAUGUGCACAGUUUGGUUCUAUCGAACCUAGCAUUAAUGAUUUGAGUUAAAUGAUGAACAAAAUUAUGACAUUUUAUAAAUUUUUGGGACUAAAAUCUUCUGACUGAAAUUUUAUGAUUUUGGCUUUUGACUCCAUACAUGUGUAUGUGCAUCUCAUAUUCCGCUUGUUACUGCAUAAUCUGUGUAUUUAAUAUGAUCUUACUGGUAAGGCACAGGGUUUGUAACAAACCCCUGUGGGUAAGGUAACAACUGUCGUCGUCUGUCAUUUAUGCAUUUGGUACUUUUCUAAAUAGAUCAUUAAGUGCAAGCGCUCUCCUGAAAAGCUAUUUGGUAUCAAUUUGGUGUUUUAUACCAAAAUACCUCUAUCUUAAUUCAGUUCUGAAUCAUGUUUACAAUAUUCUGGUGUAAUACAAACUCUCGGCCUAGCCAUUUGUAAUUGUGCAGUAUCUGUAGAAAUGUCAAUGUUUAUGUAUUGUUACCUGAAGUCAUCCCAUCGUGUGGGAAACAAAUGUUAUACAUCAUGUGUGUCUGUCCUAAUUUGCUUGUGAUCUUUCUCGAUACAAUGAAAGCUUGAUAAUUUAUGAUUCCGCCAUUUAGAUGUAUAUGUAUUAGUCUAUAUUAGAUAAAACUAUACUCGGUCAGUAUCAGAUGUUCAACAGUAUGCAAUAAACGAAUAGCCAUCGAUGCUUUUGUCCAGUCA